AUUCAAUUACACAUUCCAAAUCUCUCUCUCUCUCUCUCUCUCUACCCUAAAGCUUAUGAAAUGGCUCAUCCUCUUUCACAAUCUUGCAAUGUCUAUUCCUCAUGUUUUGCAAUUCUUUGUCUAGUUUUGGCACAAUCUCACAUUGCUUCAUCUGUUUUGUUGGUGGGUUUAAAGAACAACCACCACCAUCCCCACCACGGGAGACCUAUGUUACAUGCCAACCAGACCUCAUGUGCUCUGUUCAUGGGUUCUUGGGUUCAUGAUGAUACUUACCCCAUCUACCAAUCCUCUGCUUGUCCAACUAUCGACCCAGAAUUCAACUGUCAAAUGUACGGCCGUCCUGAUUCCGACUAUCUCAAAUACCGGUGGAAACCAGCCAACUGUGAGCUCCCCAGGUUCAAUGGGCUUGAUUUUCUGUUAAAACUGAAAGGAAAGACUGUGAUGUUCGUGGGUGAUUCACUGGGCCGUAACCAAUGGGAGUCGUUGAUUUGUUUGAUAUCAGCUGCUGUGCCGCAUUCACCAAUACAGAUGAGCAGGGGAGAUCCUCUGUCAACCUUCAAGUUCUUGGAAUUUGGCGUGGCUGUGUCUUACUAUAGAGCUCCAUAUCUGGUGGACAUUGAUGCAGUACAAGGGAAGAGAGUUCUGAAAUUGGAUGAUAUCAGAGGGAAUGGGAACGCUUGGAGGGGCGUGGAUGUUCUGUCGUUUAACACAGGUCACUGGUGGACUCACAAAGGAUCUCUUCAAGGGUGGGACUACAUGGAAUCUGGAGGGACAAUCUAUGAAGAUAUAGAUCGUUUGGUUGCUUUAGAGAGAGGGAUGAGGACUUGGGCUAGAUGGGUUGAUACCAACAUCGACAGAAGUAGAACCAGCGUUUUCUUUCAGUCCAUCUCUCCCACACACUACAACCCAAGCGACUGGAAUGCCGGGGCAACCACCGCCAAAAGCUGUUACGGCGAGACAGCUCCGUCGACUAUUACAACGUACCCUGGUGCAUAUCCAGAUCAAAUGAAGGUGGUUGUGGCAGUGAUAAGGGACAUGAACAAUCCGGCCUAUUUGCUCGACAUAACAACGCUGUCGGCGAUGAGAAAAGACGCACACCCUUCCAUCUAUAGCGGCGAUCUGAGCCCGGUGGAAAGAGCUAACCCGGACCAUUCGGCUGAUUGCAGCCAUUGGUGCCUUCCUGGUUUGCCUGAUACUUGGAAUCAACUGUUCUACACUGCUUUGCUCUACUAACUUCUACAUUACUUGUAGUUCAAAUAUAAUGGUAUAGGCAUUGGUAUAUUACUGGCAGGAUAGGCUACAUAUUUUCCCCCUCUCUCAAAGUAAUGCAUUUGGGAGGUGUAUUGUUUAGUAUGUGUAACUUGAUUAACUUGUUUUCCUGCCAAAUAUUCUAAUUUGAUGAACUUCUUCAUUUCUAUUUAGCCUUGUGAAUAGACCCAUAUUAUGGUUUGAAUCCAAUGCGACUCUAAAAAUAG